GGCCUUUAACCACCGGCACAGAUAUAAACAGACUACAAACAACAAGACCCAAACAAACGUCGGCUCAGGUCUCAAGAUUUUGCGUUUAGGCAUCAUGACAAACGUGGACGUAUCAAACAACCUGGAGCGUCAUGUUGCACGGUGGACAUUUCCUCUUCUUGCCCGCACAAGGGCUUGUCGUAACCUUUUCGGACCCGUAGAUCAUGAGGAACUGCAUUGUGAAAUGAAACGCAAACUCCUGGAGAUCUCUGAGCACGACCAAAGCCGGUGGAAUUUUAACUUUGAGAGCAACUCUCCAUUACCUGGAGAUUACGAAUGGGAGGAAAUUUCAGAGGAUAGUUUACCUUGUUUCUACAAAAAUAAAGGGCAGAUUAAGAGAGAGCGCGCUGGGGUGUCUGUCGACGCAACAGAAGAUGCGUCCGCCACCGUUGACUGUGGAUUUCACGGGUUAUCAAGGAGUCCGGUUCAAGAACUAGCGGAUGUCCCGAGUAAAUCCAGCGAACUGAAUCAGGAAAACCUCGCUUGUGCGAUCAACUCGAGACCUGCUCGCUCUUCAGGCAUCAAAAAUAGACGAAAGAGGACAUUAAUCCCAGAGUCUACCAGAAACAGCACGCCACAAAUUACAGAUUUCUUCCCGAAAAGAAAGCGGAUCAUUGAAUCCAAAUUGGACGAACGUUCCUCCCUUCAAGCCAUCACAUCCUCCAGCCUUGAAGUGACGCCACGUAAAACAAUAAGAUAAUGAUGUUUGCACUCUACGAAAAAUGCAGCAGUCCACCUGUGUUUAUCUGCGGAGCGGAUAAAAGAAACAAGGGGACGAGACCUUUCUGAAAUCAGAUAUACAUGUAGCAAUAAUGGCUCCGCCAACAGAGACUUUGUUUUCCUGUACAAUGUCUAAACGGUGCAAUUUUUAAGUUUAAACUGUUUAGAGGGCUAGGCCACACAGCUCUAAAUAGACUAGAAAAAAAACAUUUUUCUUUUUAAAUAUGCUAAUUUAUUUUAUUUAUGUUUCCAGAUAGUUUGACACUUUUUAUUAUUUACAGCUAUUGUUAUUGAUUUUAUUAUUUGUGCCCAUAUGUUUUAUUAUGUGUUUUAUUUAAGGGUUGUUUGCAACAUUGUGUAAAGAAUUUCUGAGCCGUGUGUUUUAAAAUAUUUUCUGUAGCCCACGUUGUAUCUUUGAAUCAAAAUGUAAAUUAAAUUAUAUUUUUGCUAA